UUAGAUAUUGGUACAACAUUUUCUGGAAGUUGCUUUACUUCUAUUAAUGACGAUAAAAGCAUCAUACACGUUGUAAAAUGGCCUGAACAACGAGCAGACGAUACCUUUGAAAAAACACCUACUGCGUGUCUUUAUAGUAAACAAUCUCGAAAACUACUCAAGUGGGGAAAGGCCGCUUUAGAUCACAUGAUAGUCCACCCAGACGAUGAUACAGUUGUCUUGGUAAAGCAAUUCAAAUUAAAACUACAAAAUCAAUUUCAAAAAAAUAAAGCCAACUUACAAGAGGAAGAACACGUAUAUCGAACUGCUGCUAUUGAUUACCUGAGAGAGGUAGAUAAAUACACAUGUGCCCAGAUUAAGAGCACUGUGGGGCCCUCUUUUUCUAAAGAUAGUACCCGAUACGUACUGACUGUACCCGCUACGUGGAUCAAUCAAGACAAUUUGGCUAUGCAAGAGAUGGCAAUAGAGGCUGGUUUGAUUCGAGAGUAUGAUUCAAAGGAGAAAUUGCUGAUUAUCAACGAGGCCUAUGCUGCGGCACUUUUCUGUGAGCGAGAAUAUUGUGUCACAGACAAUUGUACAAGCAAACUAUUUAAAGGGCAGCGUUAUUUACUUUGUGACGCCGGUGGUGGCACUAUUGAUCUGGCCACGUAUGAAUGUACUGGCCUAGACUAUAAGACAAGUAAUGACUUAUUGCAAAACGAACACUGUCAAUUAGCGCUUGAAAGCGGUGGAAAUUGUGGUUCCACUAUCUUGGAUCAAAACAUGGAAAGGUAUUUGAGAGAGCAAGUGUUUAUUGGAUGUAUUGAGGAAAAGAUAUUGAAAUCCUUGGUUGAUCAAUUUGUCAAAGAUAUAAAGCAUUACUUUGGUGGCGAUGAAAACCGAAACAACUACAUUAGACCUAGCACAAGAAAUACACAAAGUACAGAAACAGUUGCCACAACACUGACUACGACCGAACAAUUACGUAUCAGUCAUGUAGAUAUUUCGAAACAUGUAUUUGAUCCGGUGGUCGAAACUGUAACAUUAUUAAUUGGAAAACAAAUCAAGAAAUCGCAUACCCAGAUUGACACCUUAUUCCUACUGGGAGGGUUUGGGCAAUCUCCAUACCUAUACAAAAAAUUACAUCACGAAUUCAUAACAAGUACAAAUAUGGUGUCGCAUCUGAUAGUACCUGAAGACGGUUACAGGGCAUCGAUGAGAGGCGGUAUUUAUUUUGGAAUAGAUAAUAGUGAGUUUUUGUCACGCUAUAUAAAUUCUGCCCGUCCCUUGGAUGACCGAUUAAACGAAUACAAGCAUCUAGUAGGCAUAGGUAAGAAAAAAAAAAAAAAAAACAGAAAAUGCGUCUCUAAAUCAAACCAACCGAAACAGAUUUCAACUUUUUCGAUUUGUCUGCAACUUUUACCUUGGUGA